AUGGAUAGGCAAGAAUAUCCAACCAUGGUGGCCACUCUCGAGCCCGGCCAGGCCAUCAAUGUUCUCAACGACCGCGUCCGACAAGUUGGCCGUCUCAAUUCCGACAUCGCCGACUGGCUCCAAGUAAGACCACCGAGACGGACCACGCAGACACGGCAGGGCCAAGAGCUUAUACCACGCNAGGAACGAAGGAGACUCGAGGAACAAUACUCGGCUGCANUCUUCUCGGUACCAUGGACUACUCUCACCUCUGCGCUCGAGACGCUGGCCGAAUCGCACCAAGCACUGGCCCAGAGGAUCGAGGUCGACGUUGAGCGACCACUGCGCGACUUUGGCUCGACCAACCGCGAGAUGCAGGCCAUGUCGACCAUCCAGGGCAAUCUCGCCUCUAUGGCUCGCGACGUCGAGAAUGCUCAGAAAAAGUCGGAACGAUUGAACAACAAGGGAUCCAACAACGCCUCUCGCGCCGACUCUGAACUCGAGGGCGCACAGUCGCAGUGGACUUCUCAGUCGCCAUACGUCUUUGAGUCGCUGCAAUCUCUCGACGAGACCAGACUGAACCAUCUGAGGGACGUGCUCACCCAGUUCCAGACGCACGAGAUCGAUGCGAUUGAGAAGACGAGAGUGUCGGCCGAGUCGGUGCUGAACAUUUUGCUGAACAUCGAGACGGCGGAUGAGAUCAAGACAUACGCUCUGCGUGUCUCUAGUGGAGACAUGGUGCCGAGAGAGACAAAGGCCAGCCGCCGCCAGUCCAUGUUUGUUGCUCCUGCUCCUUCGCUGCAUCCUACCCCUCACCACGACGAUGGCGCGAGUAUGCGCUCGGGCACUGCACCAACAGAGCGAGCUUCAGAGCCCGAAAAGCAGAAAUCCGGCAAGGGGUUGAAGAGACUGGGCACGUUGCUCGGGCGGAACAAGAACCGUCAGAGCACCAUUCUUCCCGACAGAGUAUCCGAGUCGCCAGAGCGCAAGCCGUCGAGACCCUCGGCCUUCAACUCGCUGUCCAGUAGAUUUGGACGCAACCACGACUUGCCCACGCCGCUUGAAGAGAGCGAAGAGCCCACCCGCCCUCGCUCGCCUCUUCGUACCAUGACGAGCAACACCAACUCAUCGUACCGUGGCACUGCGAACGGCGACAAGGAGCUACCGCCCAUCGACGGCUCAGCCCAGUCUUUGGCUGCCGCCGGUCUUGCUCCCGAGUCAUACCACCACCCUUACCAGCAAAACAGCAGUUCCCAGCUGCAGGAGCCUCUGCAGCCUUCGCAGGCCUCGUUGCCCCUCCAGUCUAAUNUCUGCACCAUCUGCUUCAGACUUCUCUCAACCUAUGCAACCUAUGCAGCCCAUGCAACCCACCCAGCCUGUCCAGGCUUCUCGGAGCCGCCGCCUGCUGUUGAUCUCAUUUCGCAAGCCGAGAGAGAGGCUGCAGAAGCCAACGACGCCAACCAGCCCCAGUUCAAGCUGGAUAUCCGGAACGCUCCCAUCGCCGAAGAGGGCGGAGAUGCUGCUCUUACCACCAUGGCAAACACGCUCAAGAUGCAAGCUCCUCCUCCGACCUCACGUAGAGCAGGUACUGUCCGUGGCCGUCGCGAUAUGCGCGCUAGUGUAUACGGUCAAUCUCCAGUAACCACCCCGGAUGUCACCACCGAAGAUGGCCCUGUCACUACGGCCUUGCCUGUACUCCAGACAUCCCAAGAAGCAACACGCGCACCUCUGGAGAUCUCGACCACGUCUUUGUCGCCUACCCAGGGCCCCUCGUCUCCCAUGUUCACGUCAGCAUCGUCUACUUUCUCGCCCUUCCAUGGUUCUGCCCAAGCCACUGCAGCCAGCGUCUUUGCACGCCCAGCCUCGCGAGUUGGCGAGAGCGACUAUGAUGCAGGCUCCAUCCGCUCCGGUCGUUCGCUCAGCAGUUCGCAGAGCCAGACCAACAAGCAUCCCGAACUGCACGAGCCUGGUCUUAACAGCUCCAUCAUCGAGACCGUUAGUGCUUGGUUCGAGCAAGGUCAACUCACACGCAGCGUCACCAUUGGUGAAAUUGCCCUCGCCUACAACCCUACCAACUUCACAUCUCCCUUUGGCCACGAGAGCAUCCGCGUAGACGGAUUUUCAAGCUUGGAGAAGGUGGCCCCUAACCCAGCUUUCUUGACUGCUGCUGAGCAACCCGGCGAAUACAGCGUCAAUCUCGGUGGCAUCUCGAAAACGGCCGUCGCAUUCAAGUACCAAGUUUCCGCUCCUAGCGCAAGUGCUGCACCUCUGCUCCUCACUCCUGCCUGGAAGAUUGAACCCACACAAACCUCAGCUAUUCUCAGCUAUAGCUUGAAUCCUGCAUUCACCUUGCCUCCUGGACAAAGCAGCGUCACUCUGCAGAACGUAGUCUUGAUGCUCUACCUCGACCCCACCUCGCGCUGCAGCACCUGCCUCUCCAAACCAGUGGGAAACUUUGACAAGACCAAAAACUUGAUCUACUGGCAACUAGGCAACAUCACUCUUUCCUCGACGCCCGGUAAACUGCUUGCUCGCUUCCAGACUCCAGAGCAAGAAGCCAAGCCAGGACACAUUGAAGCAAAAUGGGAGGUCUCUGGUGCGGAGCUGGGAUCUGGCUUGGGCGUCUGUGUCAAGGAAGAUUCCAAGGAGACUGAAGCCGAUCCUUUUGCUGAUGAAUCACUGGGAGGCGCAGAAGCUGGGCAGUGGAAGAGGAUUUCGGAGGUCAGGAGGAUUGUGGCUGGAACCUAUCAGGCCAAGUAA